AAAGAGAUUCAAUUCACCCUUGCGCCUUCGCCUCACUCUUGUUCGUUUCUUCUCUCUGUUGCGUUAGGGUCUUCGGAUCGGUGGAACUUUACUGUGCCGGCGCGAAUUCCGACGCUGUUUGUGGCGCCGAAUUGCGAUUGAGGCGACGACGAUGAAGAUUUUCGUGAAGACUCUCAAAGGCUCCCACUUCGAAAUCGAAGUGGAGCCCCAAGACACGGUUUCUGCAGUGAAGAACAAUAUAGAAACUGUUCAGGGUGUAGAUGUCUAUCCUGCUGCACAGCAAAUGCUUAUUCAUCAAGGGAAAGUUCUUAAAGAUGCUAGUACGUUGGAAGAAAAUAAAGUAGCUGAGAAUAGUUUCAUUGUAGUUAUGCUAUCAAAGAGUAAGGGCACAUCUGGUGAAGGAUCUACUACUUCAACUGCACAAUCAACCAAGGCCCCACAGACAAUUGCUGCUCCUACUUCAACCCCGCCAGUGUCAACAACGCCUCAGGCUCCUGCUGCAACUGGGGCACCGCCUGAAUCUGUUACUGCAACUGCAACUGCACCUUCACCUUCACCAGCUCCUGCUCCCAUAUCUUCUGGGACUGCUGGGGAAGGGUCUGAUGUCUAUGGGCAAGCUGCAUCCAAUCUGGUUGCCGGAAGCAACUUGGAGGAAACAAUUCAGCAAAUUCUUGAUAUGGGUGGAGGGAGCUGGGAUAGGGAUACUGUUGUCCGUGCUCUUCGAGCUGCUUACAACAACCCUGAGAGAGCUGUUGAAUAUUUGUAUACAGGCAUCCCUGAGCAAGCUGAAGCUCCACUUGUUGCUCGAGUGCCUGCAAGUUCUCAACCUGCAAAUCCUCCUGCUGCUGCUCCACAAACAGCGCAACCAGCUCCAGUUACCUCAAGUGGACCUAAUGCUAAUCCAUUAGACCUUUUUCCCCAGGGCCUCCCCAAUGUUGGUUCUGGUGCUGCUGGUGCUGGCUCAUUAGAUUUUCUACGCAACAGUCAACAAUUCCAAGCCUUGCGAGCUAUGGUACAGGCUAAUCCACAAAUUUUGCAGCCUAUGCUACAAGAGCUUGGCAAACAAAAUCCUCAUCUUAUGAGAUUAAUUCGAGAUCAUCAAGCUGACUUCCUUCGCCUUAUAAAUGAACCGGUGGAAGGUGGUGAAGGGAACAUAUUAGGUCAGAUGGCUUCUGGCAUGCCACAAGCUGUAACUGUCACCCCCGAAGAGCGCCAAGCAAUUGAGCGUCUUGAAGCAAUGGGUUUCGAUCGUGCAAUUGUAUUGGAGGUGUACUUCGCUUGUAACAAAAAUGAGGAAUUGGCUGCUAACUACCUUUUAGAUCACAUGCAUGAGUUCGAGGAACAAUAGAGAUAUCCUUUCCAAUUUGCUAAAUUAUUUCUUGUUAUCUUUUCUCUCGACGGGUCUUUGUUAUACUCGAUGUUUAAUGAGGUAAUGUUUGAUAACGACAAAUCUCAAGUGGACAAGGGAUGUUUUAGUCUCCUGCAUAUUAUUGCCCUUGUAUUUAUCAUUUCCCCCUCGUCGAGGGUUUCUCAGGAUUCAUAUACAUAGUUGUUUGCCUUGUAUUAUUAUUGGUUUAUUGUGCAUCUUUUUUAACGUGUAAUUGUGCACGCUCUUUUAUUCGCAAAUCGAUAGAUGGCAAAUUCACUU